AUGACGAGGCGAUUUACGCCGACGGCACGGGGUUGGUACUUCGGCCAGACAGAAGGAAUAAAGAGUCUGUCGAGUGGGCCCACCUACCUUCGGCAAAUGGGAGGCAUCGUUGAGCAGAUGGAAGAUGCCGUCCGGCCUACCAGCUAUCAGCUCCACGAUCAUCGUGUUGUCCGGAUACUCAAUGUAGUGCCAGCUGACGUUCUCCUCCACGUAGUCCCUCUGCUCCAACUCGAAGAUGCACCGAUUGAAGAAGAGCUGUAG